CCGACGAAGAAGUGGAAAGUGGUAGCGGCGACAACUUGUAACAACUUUCUUUGCAACUUGAUUGAACUGAGAAGAUGGCCUUUGCUCUAGCACAAUACGGAAGCGGCGCCGUUAUUACGGCAGUGCUGCACCCGUUUGGGUAUGCUAAAGUACUAAUGCAGAUGGGCCAUGAGCCGCUGCAGCCUGAAGUAUCAACCACAUUCUUUUUCCACAAACAGACCAUGACAUACCCAAACAUAUUCAAGUACAUUGGACAUAUCAAGUAUGUGGAUGGAUUUUGGGGUUUGUACCGCGGUGUAUUUCCAAGAGUUCUGGCUGGUACCCUGGGCAAUUUGGUCCAGUACAACAUUCAAGAUAAAUUCAAAGCUCUUAGAGAUCAGAAACCUAAAGGUGAACGAGUGAAACCAGAGGACGAGGAUUUUGUUCCAUGGCUGCAAAACUUUGCUAAGGAGACGUCAGAGGAUACUCUAGCUCGAUGCUGUGGUGUCAUCGUCAGCCAUCCCUUCCAUGUGAUCAUGGUGAGGUCAAUGGUGCAGUUUGUGGGCCGGGAGACACAAUACAACACUGUGUGGUCUUCAGUAAAAGAAAUUUAUGAGCACGACGGUAUCCUGGGAUUUUUCUCGGGAUUGAUACCGAGACUUAUCGGGGAGAUCCUGACCAUCUGGCUGACCAGCUUCCUGGCUCAGACCAUCAACAAAUACCUGGUCCAGGAGAAGGAUCUGAAAUCGUACACUGGAGCAGCCUGUGGGCUGGUGGUGUCGCACUUCACGUACCCGUUCACCUUGGUGACUAACAUCAUGGCAGUCAACAACUGCGGACUGCGAGCCAGCCAGCCCCCAAUGAUGCCUGUGUACAAUGGCUGGGUGGACUGCUUGCGCACUCUGGCGCAAGAGGGCAACAUCAAGAGAGGCGCCAACGCGUUUUGGCGCACCUACAACUACAAGCCAACUGGUGUGGCCGCCUAUAAGUUCCAGCCUCAGGGAGCUGCCUACCCACAUAAUUCUCCCGCUUUCAGAUAAUUCUGCUAUAGUGUCGUUCUGUGUGUGGAUCAGAGAGGGAAGGGAAGGGUGUCUGGUUUUGUUAAAAUGUGAGAGGCAUCUUGAACAAGGGUAACUGGUGUGCAGAUACCAGUGCCGUUUGACUCAGACUGUUUGUCAUUAGUUUGUCCACAUUUUCUGCAAAAAUACCUUGUGAAAAUGGCUUAUUCAUACAACUCCCGUAAAAGUGUUAUUUGCUUGCAUUAUAUUUGUAAAUAACUGAGAAUUAUGUGAAUUACCUUAGAGCUAAAUUGUUAACCAAAGACUUCUACCUGUCUUAUUUUUCAUAAUAUUUUGUUCAGACCAUUGUCCAUCGUAGUGAGAAGCGAAUGAUGUUCGGAAACUUUGCAAAGUAGCCUACAUCCUGUGAACCUAGUGUAAGGGAGGAAAAAAGUGUAAAAUGCUUUUUUUGAAUGAAACAAAUCAUAACUGUAAGACAUCAUCCUGUUGUGAUUGUGUUUGGGGUGUAGGUCAGAAUACCAACAUCCCAUCAAUCCUUCCAACAUAUCAUUGAUUAUUGUCUCCAAGAACAGACCAGGGCAUUAUUUUACAGAAUAUGUCAAAUUGUAACCUUGGUGAUGCUAAAAAGUUUAUUGAAAUGUUUUAUUUACCUAUAUACAUGCAAGCAUGAAACUACUCUUCUUUUCCUUUUAUUUUCUAGGUUGGAAAUUAUUAGUUCUGUUUCUUGUAAUAAGCGGACGUUCUUUUGCUUGUUUUGCCAAACAUGGAUGAUGUUGGUUUGCAAAGAAGGGUAUGUGAAAUAUUCUUUGAGUCAGCAGCAUUUACUUGCCCUUGUCUGAUAUAAAAUCUUGUGAUAAAUCUGUGAAACGAUCCUUUGUACCAUUUCAUGUUAUGUUGAAAGAGAGUUGUUGACUUGUCUAGUUUGGUUGCUGUGAGGGGAGUUUCGCUGAUUUUUAUGUCUAGACUGAACUCGGAUGUCUGUUAAGGAUGUCUUUUUCUAUGACUCAGUUUUGUUGUCAGUUAGUUUCUACAAGUGUUCUGAAAUUUGCUGGUAAAGGACUCAUGUGUUUUUUGGGAGAACACAUUUUACUAAGCAUGAGCUUUGUGUAUUUUCUAUGGUACUGCUGCAAUGGCAGGCCUAUUAACUAACACUAACAGAACAAAAACACUGGUCUGUGCCCAAAAAAAAAA